AACCGUCUUGGACGUAGUGAAACGAAAUCAGGGAGAGCGCACAGAACGCAUAUAAAAGCGGGCGACAUGCGUUUAUUGGAAAUAGUUCUAAACGACGACUCCAAUCAUUCAAGUCACAACGGUGUUAAGAAAGUGUUUGCGCGCGAACUCGAAUCAGUGAGUCUUUGUCGCAAAAAUUUUGGUUUAAACUUAAAUUCAAAAAUUGUUUAUCACAUUGCAAGUGUAUUAUUUUCGUUUGUAGAAAGAAACAAAUCUGUGAAGAAGAGUAACAAAAAGUGUGACUCAACUUUUGUGAUAAUAUUAAAUAGAUGGAAUAAUUUGUGGUGACAAAGUGAAUUCAAUAGUGCAUCACAUUUUGCUGUGAAAAACAGAAGCACAAUGUGUAAUCGAGCAGCAACUUGUCUGCUCUUCGCAAUCUUAUUUUUGAGUGAGACAAUUUGCCAACAUCAGCCACCAGCAGGUGCACCAUCGUUCCUGCGAUCAUCUGUAGAAAGCGUUCCUCCCAGUUUUGGUCAGAAAAAUGAAGCAUUGAUCUCUGUUUCAUACGGUGAGACAGCAUUACCGCUUCGAAGUGCGGUAGAAAGCGUGCCAUCAAUUCAAAACUCCGAUGUAAAAUCCUUCAUUCGUGAGUCGGUGGAAUUUCGCCCCGAAAGCGAUUCACUUCGAUACGAAGAGGACCCUGAGGUAGCAUCAAGUAAUAUUAACCCAACAUAUCAACAGACACUCGCGGGAGCUUAUGGUGCUUAUUUCAUUCCAAAAACGUACGAUCUAUUAAAUCCACAGCCUUUUCGUUCAGACUCCCCCUAUCAACAGCUGAUAGACACAAGAACGGUUCACGACAGUAUUUUAUCACGAUAUCGCGGAUCAACAAAAGAAGCCAAAAGUGAUGAGAAAAAAAUUCUCUGUUAUCUAACUAAUUGGUCAUUUUAUCGUGCUAAAGAUGGCAAAUUCGUACCUGAAUUGCUCAAUUCGAAAUUAUGCACACACAUUAUUUACUCAUUCGGCUCUUUGGAUCCAACCACACUCACCGUGAAAGAAUUCGAUAAAUGGGCUGAUUUGGAUAAUGAUUUGUAUCGCCGAACCACAUCACUUUCAAAAGAUGUUCCUGUUUUGCUGGCAAUCGGUGGAUGGACUGAUUCCACAGGUGACAAAUAUUCACGUUUAGUCAGUGAUAGUUUAGCUCGGCGAAACUUCAUUAGACAGUUGAUACCAUAUUUGCAGAAAUACGGAUUCCAAGGUAUCCAUUUCGAUUGGAAUUACCCCAGGUGCUGGCAAUCUGAUUGCCGCAAGGGCCCAGAGAGCGAUAAACCAAAUUUUACUCGUUUGAUCAAAGAGAUCUCGGCCGAAUUCAAUAAACAUGGACUCAUCUUGGGAGUAGGCAUUUCAGGUUACAAAGAGAUCAUUUUGAAGUCAUACGAAAUCGAAGAAUUGUCAAAUGCAGCAGACUUUUUGACUAUCUAUACGUAUGAUUAUCACGGUGCUUGGGAAAAACAAACGGGUCAUAUCAGUCCAUUGUAUGGAAAACCUGAUGACAAAUAUCCGCAAUACAAUACAGACUAUACCAUACAAUUGCUGAAAAGCCAGGGUGCAGAUCCACGCAAAAUAAUUGUUGGUGUGCCAUUUUACGGACAAUCUUUCACAUUGGCGGCGAAAGAAACGCGGUUGGUAGGAGAAGGUAUUUCAGCACGAGGACCUGGAAAGCCUGGCGAAGUUACUAAACAACCGGGUAUGUUAGCAUACUAUGAAGUAUGUGAUCGUAUUAAGAACCAGGGAUGGCGCAAAGGUCGUGGAGCAUCUCAAAAAUCUGGGCCAUUUGCAAUGUUUGAAGAUCAGUGGGUUGGCUUCGAAGACUAUGAUUCUGUUGCCAACAAAGCCAAAUAUGUGUUAGAUUCAGGUUUAGGCGGAAUUGCCGCAUGGACUGUAGAUUUGGACGAUUUCUCAAAUCGAUGCUGUUUCGAAGCAUUCCCAUUGUUGAGCUCAAUCAAUCGGGCGUUCAACCGGCUUUCCUCUCCAAAACCAGUUAGUGGUAAUUGUCAAAGACCAGCCGAGCCUGUAACACCUGUUGCUCCUGUUACAACAACAGUUGGUCCAGAUGGCAUAGGACCCGGACCAAGUGAACAUACAACAUGGCCAGGUUGGAAUCCAAGUUCUACAACCUCAAAACCAUCUUCAGAAUUCACUUGGUGGCCUACACAGUCGACAACAACUAAAGAACCAACGACGAUAACAACUACAAGAAGAACAACAACGACCACAGAACCUAACUACAUCGAUCCCGAAGAAGAGUAUAUACCUGUGCCGGUAAACACGAUGCCAGUAUCUGGAGGUCCUUGUUCAGCUGAUGGACAGUACAAGCGACAUGCAUACGAAUGUACGAAAUACUAUCAAUGCGUGUACGGUGAAUACAUUGAAUAUAGUUGCGCUGGCGGUUUACACUGGCAUGAAAGUGGAAAUCUUUGCGAUUGGCCGGCAUCUGCCAAAUGCGAAGAACGUACUCCACCAUCCGAGGAAUUCAUAACGAAAAAGCCGGUCACAACAUCCACAAUUUCGUAUGAUGAAGAAUUCACUACGCGCCGAACAACUAGAAAACCAAUCACAACACUGCGACCAACGACUCCAAAGCCAUACAAUAAACCAUCAGAAUUCUGUCAGAAUGGCGACUACAAACCAAACGUUGAUGAUUGCGAGAGUUAUCACAUAUGUGUUAAUCAUCAAUGGGUUCGACAGGACUGCGGUUACGGAUUCCAAUUCGAUCAAACCCUAUUGCAGUGUGACUACGCAACGAAAGUAAGAUGUCUGCCAGCCAGUCGCUAUUUGAAAUUUGUCGGGAAACUCUCGAAGGUACAAUUAGAUGACCCCUGCGAAGGGCGUGACUAUGUAGCUUACCCAGGCAGUUGCCAGGAUUAUUUGAUGUGUUUGCACGGAACCAUGCAGGCGGGUAGUUGUGCAAGUGGAUUGCACUGGAAUACACAGGCAAGCAUCUGUGAUUGGCCCGAAGAUGCCAAUUGCAAAGAAGAAGGUAGUCCAGUUUUGACUGAAACUGGAGGAAAUGAAGUUGGUGGUUACAUUCCGAUUACAACGACCACAACGACUCAAAAACCAAAACCUGUAGUACCCCGCCCGCCCGUGAAACAAUUCUCAGGAGACUAUAAAUUGGUUUGUUACUUCACGAAUUGGGCUUGGUAUCGUAAAGGAAUAGCUAAAUACACACCAGAUGAUAUAGAUCCCAGACUGUGUACACAUAUUGUUUAUGGUUUUGCCGUGUUGGAUUAUUCAGAGCUUACAAUCCGAACACAUGAUUCGUGGGCCGAUAUUGACAACAAAUUCUAUGAAAGAGUUGCUGGUUAUCAACGGAAGGGAGUGAAUGUUUCAUUGGCUUUGGGUGGAUGGAAUGAUUCACAAGGUGACAAAUAUAGUCGUUUGGUACGCAGUCCAUCAGCGCGAAGACGAUUUGUUGAACAAGCAGUUCAAUUCUUGGAGAAAUAUGGAUUCAAUGGCUUAGAUUUGGAUUGGGAAUACCCAGUUUGUUGGCAGACCGAAUGCAACCGUGGUUUUUCAGACGAAAAAGAAGGCUUCACUGAUUUAGUUCGUGAACUCUCUAUUGCAUUCAAACCAAGAAACUUGCUUUUGUCAUCGGCUGUAUCGCCAAGUAAAACUAUCAUUGACAAGGGCUACAAUGUGCCACAAUUGGCCAAGUACUUUGACUGGAUCGCUGUAAUGACUUAUGAUUUCCAUGGACAGUGGGACAAAAAAACUGGACACGUCGCUCCAUUGUACUAUCAUCCUGAAGAUGAAGUUGAUUUCUUCAACUCUAAUUAUUCAAUUCGAUAUUGGAUAGAAAAAGGAACGCCACCACGUAAAUUAGUAAUGGGUGUCCCACUGUAUGGUCAAUCGUUUACUCUGUCCGAUCCAAAGAAUAAUGGUUUGAAUGCAAAAGCACCAGGUCCUGGCCAAGCAGGAGAAUACACCAGAGCUGCUGGAUUCCUAGCAUACUAUGAAAUAUGUGAUCGAGUCAACAACAAAGGAUGGACCGUUGUUCAAGAUCCAAAACGUCGUAUGGGACCAUAUGCUUACAAAGGAAAUCAAUGGGUAUCCUACGAUGACAAAGCUAUGAUUCGUCAGAAAGCUGAAUUUAUGCGACGACUUGGUUUAGGCGGAGGAAUGAUUUGGGCUUUGGAUUUGGACGAUUUUAAGGAUCAUUGUGGUGAAGGUGUACAUCCACUAUUAACUGAAUUGCAAUCUGUGCUAGCUGAACCGCCAAAUGCAUUAGAUCAACGUCCGGAUUCAGCUGCUUCUGCACCACAACAGGAACCGACAACAGCAGCAGUACCACCACAAAGUGAACUAGAGAGCGAUGCGGAAAUAAUCGAAGAAAUUCCAAACGAAGGUUCAGUUGGUGGAGAAAGCACAAACACUGAUCUUAGCUCAAUCUCACAGGGUUCGGAUUACAAAGUCGUUUGCUACUUCACCAAUUGGGCUUGGUAUCGGCAAGGAGGUGGAAAGUAUCUUCCAGAAGAUAUUGACGCUAAAUUAUGUACGCAUAUUGUUUAUGGUUUUGCUGUACUUGAUCGUGACUCAUUGACGAUUAAGCCACAUGACACUUGGGCCGACUUCGAUAAUCGCUUCUAUGAACGAGUCGUUGCUUACAAAAAGAAGGGUGUAAAAGUGACUGUUGCAAUUGGAGGAUGGAACGAUUCAGCUGGUGAUAAAUAUUCACGCUUGGUCCGUGAUGCUGCAGCUCGUUCCAGAUUUAUCAUGCGUGUUAUUGAAUUCAUUGAAAAACAUAACUUUGAUGGAUUGGAUCUCGAUUGGGAAUAUCCUGUGUGCUGGCAAGUGGAAUGCAACAAGGGCCACGCUGAUGAAAAACAAUACUUCGCACAAUUCGUCAAAGAAUUGGCGGAAGCAUUCAAACCAAGAGGUUGGCUCUUGUCGUCGGCUGUAUCACCUAGCAAAACAGUUAUUGAUGCUGGCUACGAAGUACCAACAUUAUCAAGAUAUUUCGAUUGGAUUGCAGUCAUGGCCUACGAUUACCAUGGCCAAUGGGACAAGCAAACAGGACAUGUCGCUCCAAUGUACGCCCAUCCGUUGGAUACUACUCCAGUUUUUAACACAAAUUUCACAAUUAAUUAUUGGAUUGAAAAGGGGGCUGAUCCAAGGAAAUUGAUCUUGGGAAUGCCAAUGUAUGGUCAAUCAUUUUCGUUGGCUGAGAAUAAACGGCAUGGCUUAAACUCACCAACAUAUGGUGGUGGUGAGGCUGGUGAAGCAACACGUGCUCGCGGUUUCUUGUCUUACUAUGAAAUUUGUGAACGAAUCCAAAAGCAAGGUUGGAACGUCGUCCGUGAUAGAAGAGGAAGAAUGGGGCCAUAUGCAUACAAAAAAGAUCAAUGGGUAUCAUUCGAUGAUGCCUUAAUGAUUCGACAUAAAAGCGAAUUUGUUAAGGCAAUGAAUCUGGGCGGUGCCAUGAUUUGGGCUUUGGAUUUGGAUGAUUUCAAAAACUACUGUGGUUGUGAAGAAUAUCCACUUUUGAGAACAAUCAAUCGUGUAUUGAGAAAUUAUCCAGGACCACAUCCAAAAUGUCAACUAGAAAAAACACCAGAAGUCGAAGAUAACAUACCUUCAAGUGAUAACGAUGUUGUGAUUGUUGGUGAAACAUCCACAACCACAGUUGAACCAACGUCCACAACCAGAAGACCUACAACCACUACAACCACAUCGCAGACAAUCACAAAUGAAUACAUUCCAGUUGAUGUCGAAGAGCCAACUACGUGUUCUCAGCAAUUCACAGCUCAUCCAUCAGACUGUAACAAAUAUUAUUUGUGUAAUAAUGGCCACCCACUUCCGCAAGCAUGUCCAAGUGGCUUGUACUGGAACGCUGAAUCUAACAAUUGUGAUUGGCCACGAAAUGUAAAUUGCCAAACAACACCAUUUGAUCCAAAUAGACCUACUACAUCGCCAAGACCUACAACUACAACAACACGUAAACCAAGACCACCACGUCCAACGGAUUCACCGAUCGAAAACAUUCAAGACGAUGGAAAAUUCAAAAUGGUUUGUUACUUCACAAACUGGGCUUGGUACAGACCUGGUGAAGGAAAAUUCCUACCAGAGAACAUCGAUGAAAAUCUGUGUACGCAUAUCAUCUACGGAUUCGCUGUUUUGGAUGGCGCAACGCUUACUAUCAAAUCACACGACUCAUGGGCCGAUAUUGAUAACAAUUUCUAUGAACGUGUUACCGAUUUUCGCAAGAAGGGAAUAAAAGUCUUGAUUGCCAUUGGAGGAUGGAAUGAUUCUGCCGGUGAUAAAUACAGUCGUCUCGUAUUGAGUGAAAAUGCACGUUACAAUUUCAUCACAAAUGUUAUCGAAUUCAUUGAAAAGUACAACUUUGAUGGCUUAGAUCUUGAUUGGGAAUAUCCGGUUUGUUGGCAAGUGGAAUGUUAUAAAGGAAAAAAAGAAGAGAAACAGGCGUUCGCACAAUUUGUCAAAGAACUAUCUGAAGAAUUCAAACCGCGUGGAUGGUUGUUGUCAGCUGCUGUUAGUCCUAGCAAAAUGGUAAUUGAUACUGGCUAUGAAAUCCCAAAAUUGGCAAAAUACUUAGACUGGAUCGCCGUGAUGACAUACGAUUUCCAUGGUCAAUGGGAUCGUCAAACGGGCCAUGUUGCACCACUUUAUUAUUAUCCAGGUGACAAAUGGGAUUAUUUCAAUUCCAACUUCACAAUCAAUUAUUGGAUUUCUGAAGGGGCCCCAUCCAGGAAAAUCGUAAUGGGUGUGCCUUGCUAUGGUCAAUCAUUUGUGUUGGGUACUCAAAAUCAUGACUUGAACGCGCCAUCAUAUGGUGGAGGUGAAGCUGGAAAAUACACCAGAGCCAACGGUUUCUUGUCAUACUAUGAAAUUUGCGAAAAAACCAAUCGCGACGGAUUCACUGUUGUACGUGAUAAUCAAAAUCGAAUCGGACCGUACGCUUUCAAAGGAAACCAAUGGGUGUCAUAUGAUGACGUGGAGAAUGUUCGUGUUAAAGCGAAAUUCAUGCGUGAUCUGAAUCUUGGUGGCGGCAUGAUCUGGGCCUUGGAUCUUGAUGACUUCACGGGUAGCUGUGGCUGUGGUAAAUACCCAUUGUUGACCACUUUGAACCAAGUACUACGUAAUACAGGUGGUCCAAAAAUUGAUAACUGCACAUAAUAAACUAUCGACAUUUCGAUGUGAACCAAACGAAAAUAAUUUUAAUUGCUUGAGUUUGAAAAAGAAAUAUAUGUAAUUUUUCUGAAAUGGAACUCAUUCGAUUCCAAAAAAUACUCUCAGCCUUAGUUUAAGAUUUAAAUCGAAUAAACAUUAGAGGUAUUUCUGUGUAAUUUCUUUUUUGUAAUGAAUAAUACUUGUAUUUUUUUAAAAAGAAUCAAUAAAUUUCCGAAAAAAUUCUAUUCUCAAA